AUGGAAAGCCCACAAAUAAACUUCCCUCUAGGUCUAGUUUCAGACCAAAAAAGGAGUGGGAUCCAAGAGGAUGGGAGUCCUCCAUUAAAAAAAGCAAUGACAGAAAUGCAUGUAAAUAGCAAAGUACGAGGUGUAAUAAAUAAAUUGCCAACAAUAAAGAAGGAAAACUUGGACGAAUAUGAUGAAACUCCUGUGGAGGCUGAUGGGGAAACGGCCAAGCCAAACAGUACUUCACUCUCUGAGCCUUUGAAUUUAAAUCCAGGUUUGAAACACACGUUGGCACAGUUCCACCUGAGCAGCCAGAGUUCACUGGGUGGACCAGCAGCUUUUUCAGCUCGUUAUUCCCAGGAAAGUAUGUCACCCACUGUCUUCUUGCCUCUUCCGUCGCCACAAAUACUUUCUGGUCCUCUGCUCAUUCCUCCGGACAGCUCCACGGAACUCACCCAGACUAUACUGGAGGGGGAAUCUAUCUCUUGUUUCAAAGUUGGAGGAGAAAAAAGGCUUUGCCUGCCUCAAGUGUUGAAUUCGGUUCUCCGAGACUUUUCACUGCAACAGAUCAAUACGGUGUGUGACGAACUGUAUAUCUACUGCUCAAGGUGCACUUCCAACCAGCUUCAUAUCCUGAAGGUUUUGGGAAUUCUUCCAUUUAAUGCUCCGUCCUGCGGGCUGAUUACGCUGACUGAUGCUCAGAGACUAUGCAAUGCUUUACUACGCCCUCGCACUUUUCCCCAAAAUGGCAGUUUUCUCCCCGGUAAGAACACCUUAGCCCAAUUGAAAGAGACUGGCAGUGCCUUCGAAGUGGAGCAUGAAUGCCUGGGCAAGUGCCAGGGGUUGUUUGCCCCUCAGUUCUACCUUGCGCCGGAUGACCCGUGUAUCCAGUGUUUGGAGUGCUACAGGAUGUUCUCCCCCCAGACGUUUGUGAUGCAUUCACACAGGUCCCCGGACAAGAGGACCUGCCACUGGGGGUUUGAGUCGGCCAAGUGGCACUGCUACCUGCAUAUUAACCAAAAGUACUUAGGAACGUCGGAGGAGCGGGAACUGAAGCACCUCUUGGAGGAAAUGAAGGAGAAAUUUAGCGAGAAAAAUCAGAAAAGAACUUGGUCCAAAGCAGAUUCACAGCAGAGCCUGGAGUUACCCCAGUGGUAUCCAGUUAUAAAGCAAGAAGCAGAAACUGAUCCUCAACCACCCUCCUUUUUCCAUCCCAGUUACUACCUUUAUAUGUGUGAUAAAGUGGUCGCCCCAAAUGUAUCUCUUGCAUCACAAUACAAGGAUGUUGCAAAAACAACAGUCAGAGCUUCAGAAGUAAUUAAAUCUUCACCUGGACAGUCAGAGAAGAAGCUCAGUACUGGAAAGCACAAAAAAGCUGCCUCCUAUCCAGAGCUUUCUCUUGAAGAACAGGAAAAAAUUGACUUGCAAACUAGUGUGGAGCAGCAUAGACAUUUAGAUCCGCCUGUGUCAACUCACUCUGCAAGAGGUGGAAAAUCUGAACGUGUUUCUUCCAGAAUCACUAGAGACUCCAGCCGUGUCAAAGUAGGUAAUGAUGUGCGAACCUUGUCCCCCACCCUCAUGAAAGACAUCAGUUGUGAAGAUGACGAGGGGAAGAUCAUGGAAGAAGUAAUGAAAACCUACAUCAAACAGCAAGAAAAGCUGAACACUAUUUUGCGGAGGAAACAGCAGCUUCAAAUGGAAGUGGAAAUGUUAAGCAACUCUAAAGCGAUGAAAGAACUAACUGAAGAGCAGCAGAAUUUACAAAAAGAACUUGAAUGUUUGCAAACAGAGCAUGCUCAAAGAAUGGAAGAAUUUUAUUUUGAGCAGAGAGACUUGGAGAAGAAGCUGGACCAAGUGAUGAAGCAAAAGUGUAGCUGUGACUCCAAUCUAGAAAAAGAUAAGGAAGCUGAAUAUGCGGCACAGCUAGUAGAAUUGAGACAGAGGCUGGAUCACGCAGAGGCAGAUAGACAAGAGCUUCAAGAUGAACUGAGACAAGAACGAGAGGCAAGGGAAAAGUUAGAGAUGAUGAUAAAGGAGUUGAAGCUACAGAUCUUGAAAUCUUCAAAAAAUGGUAAAGGAAAAUAGAAAUUGGAAGAGGAAGCAUGACUGUGUCCUUCAAACAGGGUGUUUUGGUUUUUAAUGAAUUGUGAGCAGUUUCUGUGUGAUGAGAAAAAGUAUUCUUUACAGAUUUCUAUUUCUCAGACAAGUCCAGAUGAAGAUUAUACAUAUAUAUAAAUAAAUAGAUAGGUAUACAUUUUUAGAUUUUCCUAACCAAUGAAAAUCUGCAUUUAUUUGUACUGGUGUUUUUCUCAAACAAUGGAAAAAAUAUGAAACUCUUGAUUUAGAGUGA